UAUAUAUAUAUACACACGUAUAUAGAUACUGUGUUAGAUUUUUCUCAACGCAGAAUUUUUUUUUCAUCAGCUAUAAUUUCCAAAAUUGAACGAAUUGAAUUGAAAAAAUGAACGAGGGGAGUCACUACUCCAUACAUACGGUAUGCCGCACCUGUCUGAGCACCCUGGAUAACGGUACGGCAUACGAUCUCUUCUUGAUCCCGGGGCUGGCCAAAAAACUCUGCGUGUGCACGUCGCUGUCGGUGGAGCAGCAGGAUGGCUUUCCCAAGAACCUGUGCAUCUCGUGUUACUCGAAGCUGAACGAGCUGCACGAUUUCCAGAAGCUUUGCGUGGACUCGGUGCAGAAAUUCCAGGAUCUGGUGGGUAGCAAUUCCAUCACGUGCCAGACGAACUUCGAUGUGUUGGAUCCUAGUCGCGCUCUCGCAGACCUGCCGCCCGAGGACGAGGACCACAUCAAUUUCGAUCCGCUUCUAAAUUCCAAGAUAGAGAUCAUUGAGAACGAGGAGGAUGUGUUCAAGAUGCUGGAGGAUGUGGAGAAGGAGGCCGAGGAGGUGGAGAAGGAUGAGCUCGCCUCUGCCGAGUUCAACGACUCCUCCUCCGAGGAGAGCGACGAGAGCAGCGAUGAUGACGUGCCCCUGGCCCAGCGAACUGGACGCGGAAAAAGGCGUGCCCCCAAAGCCAAGGUCAAGCGUCCAAAAGAGGAUUCCGACGAGCUCAGCUCGCUCUCCUGGGACUGGGACUAUUCCGACGGCGACAAGGGCAAACCCAAGCGCAAGAGGAUUCCCGCAGCCGAGCGACACCUUCAUCGCCUCAUCGACUGUCACAUUUGUCAUCAGAAGUUCAAGAAGGCCAUCCGCUACGAGGAGCACAUGAAGCACCACAACGAUCUCCUCCCCUUCCAGUGCAAGGUUGAGAGCUGCAAGAAAGGAUUCACCACGGCCAACGGGCUGCGCGUUCACGGGGAGCAUGCCCACACGGAUUCAUCGGACAUGCACCCGUGCACCUACGAGGGCUGCAACAAAACCUUUGCCCGUCCCGUGCUGCUGAGCUUCCACAUGAAGCGGGUGCACAAGGUGGAGACGCCCCAGAGGGACUUCCCCUGCACGGAAUGCGACAAGGUGUUCCGCUGCCCCACGGCUCUCAAGAAGCACAUGUACAAGCACACGGGCGAGGAGCUGCCGUUCGCCUGCGAGAUCUGCGGCAAGCGUUUCCCCAUCAACAGUGUGCUGCGGGAUCACCUGCUGCGGCAUGCGGGCAUCAAGAACCAUGUCUGCCCGUACUGCGGCGUGGGCAAGACCACGCGCCAGGAGUGGAACAAGCACAUUCUCACCCACACCAAGGAGAAGAAGUACGAGUGCCGCCAGUGCGAGCACACCUCGCACAACAAGCAGGCUCUGGCCAACCACGUGAAGGUGGUGCAUGAGAAGAGGAAGGAUUUCGCCUGCCAGUACUGCGGCAAGACGUUCGGCAAGUCGCACGCCUGCAAGAUUCAUGAGAGAAGCCACACGGGAGAGAAGUGCUGCGAAUGCAAGAUAUGCGGCAAGGUGUUCCUCUUCGACAAGGGCCUCACCAAGCAUUUAAAGACCCACGAAAAGUCCGAUCUGCCCAGGAACCAGAACCCGGCCAAUCCACUGGCCGAUGAGGCAGCCUCUACGUCAACGAUUGCCAAGCCCAGCCCCCACCUGCGUGGGCGUGUGGAGCGUGUGGACAUUGCUCAGCUGGCGGGCACUGUAGUGAAUCCCAUACCGUCUGUGAACCUACCGUCGUGGUCGCCGCAGGUGAACUUCACCAAGAAGGAGGGCCAGCACAUGUGCCCGGACUGCGGCAAGGGAUUCAAUCAUGUGAGCAACAUGAAGCUCCAUUACAAGGUGGUGCACCAGAAGGUGAAGGACUUCUGCUGCCGCUUCUGUCCCAAGCGGUUCGCCAAGAAGCAGUAUCUGCGCCAUCACGAGUACAUACACACCGGUGAAAAGCCUUACGAGUGCAAGGUGUGCGGCAAACACUUCCGCCAGGAGCAGGUGCUCAAGACCCAUAUGAAGGUGCACGCCAAGCCACCGAGGCCGCCACUCAAGCCCAAGGAGCCGGUCACACCCAAGCCGGAGACGGUGAAGCGACCGCAUCCAAAGAAUUAUGAGCAGUACCAGGAUCCCGCUGCGGAGCGGGCUGCCGCCACCGCUGAGCUGUUGGCCUUCCAGCUGGAGGAGAACGAGGCUAAGCGGAAGGCGGAGGUGGAGCUGCGCAAGAUCCAGGAGGCGGCAUUCGAGCAGUUAAACAAGCUGCAAAAGCAGUCGAACACCUACGAUGGAUUCUAUGCCCAGAAGGCCGAGGCUGAGGGCGCCAACGUCAAUACAUUCAAGUUGGAUCAUGUCUGAGAGGACAGCAAUAAAACUCUAUAUGAUUAUUAAUAUUAGUAAUAUACACGUA